AAGCUCCACCCGCAUACUACCACUCAGUUUAUACGUCAUCAGUUUGCGACGGUUAGACUGUAAUGUGUGUAGCGCGUCGCAUGUGCCUAAGAGUAAAAGUAAUAAUUUAACAAAUAUAAACAAUUGUUUUUGAUUAAAUCUCAAACAAGUUAAACAUUUGAAAUACUAUGGAUGACGAAGAGGAAACAUACAGGCUAUGGAAGAUCCGUAAAACCAUCAUGCAGCUGUGCCAUGACAGAGGCUACCUGGUGACACAGGAUGAGUUGGACCAGACACUGGACGAGUUUAAGAGUCAGUUUGGAGACAAACCAAGCGAGGGUCGACCCAGGCGCACAGACCUCACGGUGCUGGUGGCGCACAACGAUGACCCCACUGACCAGAUGUUUGUUUUCUUUCCUGAGGAGCCCAAGGUUGGAAUCAAGACGAUUAAGAUGUACUGUCAGAGGAUGCAGGAAGAAAACAUUACACGUGCCAUCAUUGUUGUUCAGAUAGGCAUGACACCAUCAGCCAAACAGUCUCUAGUUGACAUGGCCCCCAAAUACAUAUUGGAACAGUUUCUUCAACAGGAGCUGCUCAUUAACAUCACAGAGCAUGAGCUUGUUCCAGAGCACAUCGUUAUGUUAAAAGAGGAAGUGACCGAACUUCUUCUCAGAUAUAAACUAAAGGAAAGUCAGUUGCCGAGGAUCCAGGCUGGAGAUCCUGUGGCUCGCUACUUUGGCUUGAAAAGAGGACAGGUAGUAAAGAUCAUCAGACCCAGUGAAACAGCUGGGAGGUACAUCACAUACAGACUGGUGCAGUGACGGACAGAUUCGCUGCUUGUUAUGAAAGGGUUAGACACACUGACAAAAUCCAUUUGAUGAUACAAAUCGCAUAUAGAUUUAAUUUACAUCAAUGCCUAUGCUUCUCAACUACUGUGCUUCUGCAAAGGCAGAAUUUUUAAGUGGAGUUGUGUUUUAUUCCAUACAGUGAUUUGUUUGCAUUUCCAAUUUAAGAUUAUAGUUUUAUGUCUUACUUUGUUAAAGGAUGUCACCACACUGAGGUAUCAUACAUCCCAGCUCAGUGUAAAAAAACAACAGGUCAGAGUUCAUGCCCACUCAGUCGUUACGCAACUAACAGUAGGUAGUCAUUCCAGAGCGCCUGUGUGAACCACAAGGAAUUAGCUGCUUUGAAUAAAACCUACCUCGGCCUGUUUUAUUUUUCAGAUAUUCUCCCAUAAUCAACAUUUUGGCGGAUCAUUGAAGGAAACCUGCGGUGUUAGAUCUUUCAUUACCCCUCCCUGGACUAGCUUUCUACUUUUGAAUUGUUUAAUUUGUAAUUGCUGACUUUGUAAAAUAAAGUAUUCCAAAAAGAA